UGGGAAAGGGAACAUUUCGAUCGAAUCGUUUGUUGUAAUUGAUAAACGCAAUUAACUGCAUUCCUCGUUAUAGCCGCGUCUCCCCUUCUCUCUGAUAACAAAAUUUCAUCUUACAAAGGAAGAUCGUGGAAGACAAUGUAAACGUCAUAUAUGUAUCUUUUAGAUUAUAACUCAGAUCACAAAUAGAAAUAAAAAACUGUUUGGAGUAAAAAUUAUAUCGCGUUAGAGGAUUUAUAGAUUAGUAGCAAAAAGUCUAAGUUUGACUACAAACAUCUCCCGAUUGAAGAGGACAGGUACGAAUUCAAAAUGGCUUCGAUAUAAGGGAUGGUCCCUCUCUUUUUGGAGCGAUGAACAUUUGUGCAAAGCUCUUGCGAAAUCGUCGUCUUCGCGAAUGCUUUCCAUUCAGUUUUCCCAAUGUGGCAACUCGAUGGAUACAUUAUGUUAAUAGGACUGACAGGGUGACUUAGGGUGGUCGUUAAUCGAGCGUAACGAGUGCAAAUAACGGGUCGAUGAAUGAUCAUCUUCGUUUUUCGUAACGCGUAAGCGAGAACAUUUGCAUAUUAAUAGACGUCCGUCAAGAAAGUCCGUGAAAAUAUGAGGAGACGUGUCCGGGGGAGUAUUUCAUGACGGGGGUGGUUCGACCGGAAAACGAGGAUUUUACAUGGCAACCGGGAUCGUCCCUUGCUAUGAAACGAUACAGGUGUGUAUAACUAUACAUACAACCGUUUCUAGGAUGAAAGGGAUGCGCGCGCGCUUUUUCUCUCUCUUUCCCUUUGUCCAGGUCCCUAUAAAACAAAGCGUACUUGGCUUCAAUGGCACAUUCAACGUCUUUCCGUCUUACAAUAAUCGUGUCGUCAGUUCUUAACGUUUCCGUGUAACAGAACCACCAAGGGAAAUGCCGUCCACCCACACCGUUUGCAUAGCCGUACUACUAGUCGCUGUCCUUCUGUUUGACGAGGGCUGCGCGUACCGAUCGACCAAGCUACUGAUGCUUCGACUGAGCUGUCAGAAUCAGAGCUGCGGGGAUUGCAGCCAGUGUCCUUUCGGUACCGCGAAAUCGCCUGUUUGCGGCGAAGUUUGCGCAAAGGGCCCUGGCGACAUGUGCGGAGGGCACCGCGACGAGUGGGGCAUCUGCGGCGAGGGUAUGUUUUGCAAUUGCAACAGAUGCGACGGCUGCAGCGUGAAAGACCUCAACUGUCCGUCGACGUUGGGAUUAACGAAGCUCUGCAUACCCGGCAAGCACACGCCAAAUUUCUGAGAUCUGAUCAUCGUUAACCGGACGGACGCCCGAUCAUCGAAACGAAACGUUGAAAAUCUUUGUUAAACUUAGGCAAGACCGUAGGCGAACACGCCGAAGGCUUGGACAAUUUUUAUUUCGCUGGUGGUCGUCGAGUGCACGCUCAAUCCGUUAAUAGAGUAACCGGAAUAGGACGAUAACUAUGGACGCGGAUCGAAGGACUCGAAGGUAGCCAGAGCGAACCAGAAAUUAGGGUAAACGACUGUCUGCACCUGUCUGCUCUACGCGGGAUAAAUAACUACGCGACCAGAGAAGACGGGAGGCACAAUGUACUAAACGGGAACAGGACAGGGGAAACGAUGAUUCGAAGAUGACAGAAAGAGAGAAAGUGAGCGACGGUUAAAGGUGGAACGGAUUCGCAACAAUUUUUACCAAAACGUCGUGUUAACAUUUACAUCCGAGUGAUACAUUUAUUUGCGUUUCAUCAAUUACAAAUCGAGGAACACCUUCGAUCACGAAGGGAUCUCGCUGACAUUAACUAAAUAGGAUCUAAUCGGGUGCAUUCGUUCUCUAUCGUUCACACGUUUUUUCACCGGUUCGCGCGCGAACCGGUGUACAAUAUUUCUCCGGAUAAAAAAAGAAAACAAACUUUUCUACGUUGAACGCUUCGACGAAAGAAAGUAAUCGUGCCAUGUAUUAAUAAAAAACGCAUAAUCUGUAAUUCGUAAAUAAAAACGAAAACAAAAGACUCGACCUGGUCAGUGAAAAACAAAAA